GACUCUUCUCACAUCGGGUUACCCUGUAUCGCUGGUCUAUGCAUUUUGCGGUGAUCCGCUAUUAUCUGUGCGCACCUUGGUAUUGCUAGGUAUCAAAUGGGUGAGGGUAACGGGGGAUGGAUUUGGGCUUCCAUAGGAUGCAUGGUAUCGUCCUGUGGCUUCUUGUGGAUGUCCACAAGAAAAGAAGAUCAGCUAAAAGCCAUUCAACAAGCUAAACCAAUCGAGGACUUCACGGGCGAGGCAGAGCUCAAACAAGAAAUUCUUAAGGCGCCCGGCAGGCGGCUUUACAUAAAAGGCCAUGGAAAUAUCACCAGUGACGUUCCUAUCAGUGUAAAGCUGACUGAUGAUUUAUCUAUUGAAGCAGUAUGCACAACUCAGGAAAUUGAUAAUCGAGGCUACUUUAUUGGUAUGGACACCAAUCAACAUUUCAAGAUGAAGAAUUUUGCAUCAGAUAUUUAUAUCGACAUUGCGAAAAGCAGUCCUCUUAGCAGAGGGCUAAGAAUUUAUCCAAGUGAUUCCUUGGUUGAGCUUGCUGAACAAGAUCUCUCUAUAGUCAAGAAGGAGGGCUUGACAAAUAGCAUGGCUUCUCAUUUGGUUUCUUUCGUCGGCAUUUUUUAUCCAUACAGUAAGCAGAUAUCAACGGCUUUUUUGCACAAUAGAAAAAACAUAUUUUUUGCUGGCGACGCUAUCGAACAGGACAACCGGUUGAAGCUUGUGCCCCCAAUCGCGUGGGGCCAUCCUGCUUUUUUCAAGAUACAGAGCGAGCAAGUUAUCGAGGACACUCUAAGCAAACAGAUAACAGGCUUGAAAACCGCUUCUGAGUUGACGGCUGGAGUCGGUUUGAUUUUCAUGUUGGCCCAUUAUCUGUCAUAAAAAUAAAUCAUCCGCUUGAUCAGCCGGUACUCAUAUUCAUGUAUACAUCUUUUUUAUGUGUACCAUUUCAAAGGCCAUUAUA